UCAUCAUUGGAAAUCUUAAUUAUACAUUAUUAUUAUUAUUAUUAUUUAAAUUACUUUUUUUCAAAGUAGCCACAAGUGUAUAUAUUAUCUUAUAAAGAAAUUUCAAUUUUAUAAUUUAUUUAUCGUUCAAUGUAUUAAUAAAAUAUGACUAUACUAAACAUACUACCAUGUCAUAUUCUAAAAACAAUUUAAAGGACGAUACAACUGAUGGAAAUUGGCUUGGUAAAGGAAAUAAUAUAAAAACUAAUAAAGAAAUUACUGAUGGUUCAUUCAAAUAUGUGAAUUUUGAUGAAUCGCAUAGUAAAUCUAGUUUUGUACGUGCAAAUGAUGAAGAAGAAAUUUGGUAUAAUAUGAAGCACAAAAACCGAAAUGUAGCCCUAAUUUUUAAUCAUGCAAAUUUCACUUGUGGAAAAGAUAGUAGAUAUGGUACAGAUGUUGACUGUUUAAAUUUGGAGAGCACAUUUAAAGAUCUCGGGUUCAACCCUAUACCAUAUCAUGAUAAGAAAUUAAAAAAGAUAUGUAAAAUUGUAGAUCAGUGGAGUCAAUAUGACUUUACAGAUUGUGAUUGUUUAAUUGUUGCAAUUCUUAGUCAUGGUUUUGAAGAACAUAUUUAUGCUAAAGAUCAAGCAUAUAAUCUAAAAACUGUGUUUUUGGAUAAAUUUGCAGAAAAUAAGUGUAUAAGUCUAUCAGGAAAACCAAAAAUAUUUUUUAUACAAGCUUGCCAAGGGAAAUUGUUGGACGAUGGAGUAUCUGUAACAACACAAGUAGAUGGUGCAAACUGUAUGACUCCAGAAUAUUUAAGUCCAGAUUUUUUAAUUGCGUAUUCUUCUAUUUAUGGAUAUUUAUCUUGGCGAAAUGAAAAAACUGGAAGCUGGUUUAUAAAUGAGCUGUGUAAUGCAUUAAAAAAGUUUCGUUUCGAAAAAGACAUUUAUGGCAUACUCACAUAUGUUAUGUGUCAAGUAGCUACAAAAUACGAAACAAAUAAAAUGGACGAAGAAUUAUACAAAAAAAAACAAUCCUCUUGCAUUAUAAGUACAUUAACUAGACUGAUCAAAUUUGAAAACAAGGGUUUUUGAAACCUAUAGUUUUAGUUGACACAAUUAUUAUUAGUGAAAUAAAUAUUUAAGGGAAAAGAGGGUUUUAGUCCUGAUGAUUUAUAAAUAUUGUGUGCACACCUUCCAAACAGGAUUAACUAAAAAAUAUUAAUUUAUAUUUAUAUCAUGACGAUCAUUAAAAUUAAUGUAAUGUUUAAUAUUUAACAACAACACAUUUCAGUUACUGAAAUGUGUAUUCAGGGUAAACCUCCAUCUUUCCAUUUACAUAUCUACCUAUACUCUUAAUUUCCCCAAAAUAACAAAAAAGUGAUAUCAAGAAUUAAAAAAAUAUACACAUAAUAAGGUGUUAAAAUAGCCACCAAUAUUGAAAACGGAUUUCUUAUAAUUUGUAAAGAUGGUAAUAUAUUAAAAAUCAACACAUUGUUUCAUUGAAAUAUAUUUUUUAUUUAAGUUAUUAUUGUCAAUACUAAACAACUAAGAAUUUAUUCAUUAACGUAUUUUCUAAGACCACAUUAAUACUAAUUUUUUUAACUUCUAUUAUCAUAUUUAAUUAGUAUAGACAUACUAGUAUAUUGUCAUUGAAAAAUGAUUACGCUAUAUUCAUAAACACAACUAAAUUUGUCCAAUAAGUAACUCAUAUGGACUGAGGUAACUAAUGUCUUGGCUAACAUUGUAAUUCCCAUUAAGUUAUAUUUUGAGUAAAUAGCUGAUGUAGAAAUUAUAUCAAAAGAUGAAACAAAAUGUAUUAUUAUUUAAUAUACCUAGACUAAAAGACCAUGUUCAAAAAACCUAAAUGUUAUACAUUAUACUUAAAAUGUUAAACCCAAAAGUAUAUUAUACUGUCAUAUUGUUUUUAUUAUGUAUUUUUUUUAGAUAUUCAGUAUUUCU